UAACAUUAACUCUUCAGAGCAAACCAAUCUUGAACCGCCAGACUAACUAGAACAAGUUCUAUGGAGGGAACAAACAGAAGGAGCAACAACCAAAUACAAGAUGACAAGCAAGCUCGCUUCCGAGGCGUGCGGAGGAGGCCAUGGGGAAAAUUUGCAGCAGAGAUUCGAGACCCGUCAAGGAACGGUGCCCGUCUUUGGCUCGGGACAUUUGAGACCGCUGAGGAUGCGGCAAGGGCGUAUGACCGAGCCGCCUAUAACCUGAGAGGCCAUCUUGCUAUACUUAACUUCCCUAAUGAGUAUUAUUCGCGUAUGGACGACUAUUCGCUUCGCCCUCCUUAUUCUUCUUCAUCUUCGGGCUCAACUUCUACGGGUGUGAGUCGACAAAAUCAACGGGAAGUUUUUGAGUUUGAGUAUUUGGACGAUAAGGUUCUUCAAGAACUUCUCGAUUCAGAAGAAAGAAACAAACGGUAGUCUUGUUUUCUAUACUAUAUGUGGCGUUUUGGUGGCUGGCUAGCUACGUGCAUUAUUUGCAUGUAGUUUGUUUAUUUAGUACUUAUUUUGGAAUUUUGUUAGCAUACCACGGCCAUAAUUGUAAGAUACGGUGUACUUUGCGUAUCAAUGAAAUAUAAUUGUCAGAUAUUUACGUA